AUGCCAGUCCAACCAGCCAGUCGAGCGAUUGUUCGAGACCCAGUUUUUCUUCAUGCUCAACAGAACUGUCGGCUUCAGGCGUCCUGCUCGUGCAUUCCACGUCCUCCGAACCCAUCGCGCAUCUGCCUCGUCCGAAAACCGGUCUUCCCAGCCCCAGCACCGGGGCUCGGGCCUGCGUCCGUCUGUCAUCUCUUGCCCCUCCAGACAGCCUCACAUUGCACGACUGGCCGAAGCAAUCCGAGAAUAGAGCCCAGCCAUACGCCAACGGCCAGCAAGUCAUUAGUUGCCGGACGCUUCUCUCCCGCCUUUGUGCAUGCUUGUGUGUGA